AUGUAUGUAAUUUUGCAUAUUUCUAUUUCCUCAAUCAUAAUUUCUACUGGAAUAUUUGGACGGACGGAUGGAUUGAGGACAAAACCAAGUAAAUGUCACUGUUUGUGUCUUGGUAGGCGGAAUACAAGAUACACCUCAUACGAUCCGGGACUAUCGAUAGGCGGUCAAUGCGUUUCUACGGUUACGGAAGAUGCACCAUUCAAGUUUCUCGGUCGUAAGAUUGAUAAUAUAGGUCGUACUCCAUCUUUAGAAGGAAUAGUAGAUAGCUUUUUAAAUGAUCUUAACAAGGUAGAUAGCCAGCAGAUCAGUAACGUAAAAAAAGCAUGGAUCUACGAUAAUUACUUAACUUCACGUUUGAAUUGGCCUUUCCUCGUCUAUGAUUUUAGUAAAACCCUUUUAUCUAAAUUAGAUGCAGGCGUCAUAAAGAUGUUGAAGUUGUGGCUCGGGCUCGCGCUAACGGCUGAUUCAUCGGCUUUAUUCAGGGAUCGUAAUAGUUUUGGGAUGAAUCUAAAAAGACCAUCGGAGCUCUACAAACACCUAAGAGUUUCCAAGAGACAUAUCCUGGGAAAAUCCCAUGAUGACGUCGUUACAUCACUCCCAAAAGACAAUGAUGCCCCAGAGCUAGAGUCACGACUUCAAUUCCAUAAACAAUUUAUGAUCGGAGCGCAAAAUAACAGAGUAGGGUUAGGAUCAAGUAGGAAAGUCCAAGAUACGGAUAUAUUGAAGUCUUUUAUUCGGCAAGACGAGAACGAUAAAUACAAGAUCCAUGCAAUGAGUUUAGAAAUGCAGAACGAGUGGUUAGACAUAGGAGAUUUUUGCAUUCCACUAGCACUAAAAUGGCGCACCCUAAUUCAUGACUGGUCGCCAGCCUUGCUAAAAUUUUAUCUCAAUGCGUUCCAGAUGACUCUCCCAGAUCAGAGUAAUUUAGUAAGAUGGGGUAAAGGUACCGAAAAAACUUGCUAUAUCUGCGGAAAGGCAGUUGGAACUGCCAAGCAUUUGCUGGUGGGAUGUAAGGUUCUCCUGGACAGCGGUCAAUACUCGCGUCGUCACGAUAGGGUUUUAGAGAUCAUACGUGAAGCGGUUAGUCUUUCGGUAGCCAGAGCGCAAAGGGAAAUAACCACAAACGAGCGAUCAAUAGGUUUUGUGAGAGAGGGCACCAGGGCUAUAAAAUCAAACGUCAAGCCUUACUCUAUCCUUAAAGCGGCUUCGGAUUGGACUAUCAUGAUGGAUACGUAUGAGAAACAAUACAAAAUCCCCGAGGAUAUUUGUGCGUCGGCCUCCAGACCAGACAUAUUUCUAUAUUCGCGUAUUUUAAAGCGCGUUGUGAUGAUAGAGCUUACGGUGCCUUGGGAAACCAACAUCCCCAAAGACCAUGCCAUCAAGGUCAAUAAGUAUUACGAGCUCACUAACGAACUAACUCGAAAUAGGUUCGUCGUUGAUUUGUACGCGGUAGAGGUGGGAGCGAGAGGUAUAACAGCUAAAUCUCUCUAUAACCUACUAAAAGACUUGGGCCUGUCCAGAACUAACAUUAAUUCAUUCUUAGAACGUACGUCGAAGGCAGCCCUAGUAGGUUCUUUUCAAAUUUGGUUAGGUAGGGAGAGGAACUUGGACAGUGGAGGUGAGCGUAUAACGCGCGUUAGUUAA